AGAAGCCACCUUUAAUUGAGUGAUACUUCAGUUCAUACUUCUUUAGUUUGGAAAACAUUUUUUUUUCUCCUUUUGAAGUAUUUUCCUGCCAAGUGUAACUUUACGUAACAGAUGUUUGGGGAUUGAAUGGAUUUUUUCUUAUGAUGAAAGUUAAUGCAAUAUGCAUUCCCAAUGGAAGUACUCUACUAUGAUGAUGCCACUCACUGUAUUUUCCUCAUUACAAGACACAAGAUGCUAGCAUUGAAAGAGUCCAUGUAUCAACAUUCACUCUUUUUGUUGAAAGCUGAAUCUUAGAAAUCAAUUACUUUUGGUUUGGAAAAAUGAUUGCAAUCAGUUACAGGUUGUUGAUGAAACUGAGUAUCUCUGGCCUGGUCUACACUAUCACUUUAAUUCGGAUUUAGCAGCGUUAAAUUGAAUUAACCCUGCACCCGUCCACACAACGAAGCCAUUUAUUUCGAAAUAAAGGGCUCUUAAAAUCGAUUUCUGUACUCUACCCCGACGAGCGGAGUAGCGCCAAAAUCGAUAUUGUCAUUUCGAAUUAGGGUUAGUGUGGUCGCAAUUUGAUGGUAUUGGCCUCCGGGAGCUAUCCCACAGUGCACCAUUGUGACCCCUCUGGACAGCAAUCUGAACUCGGAUGCACUGGCCAGGUAGACAGGAAAUGCCCCGCGAACAUUUGAAUUUUAUUUCCUGGUUGCCCAGCGUGGAGAGCGCAGGUGACCACAGAGAACUCAUCAGCACAGGUAACCAUGCAGGCCGAUAAUCGAAAAAGAGCACCAGCAUGGACCGUACGGGAGGUACUGGAUCUGAUCGCUAUAUGGAGAGAGGAUUCAGUGCUAGCAGAACUUCGUUCGAAAAGACAAAAUGCCAAAACUUUUGAAAAAAUCUCCAAGGGCAUGAUGGAGAGAGGCCACAAUAGGGAUUCAGAUCAGUGCCGCAUGAAAGUCAAGGAGCUCAGACAAGCCUAUCAAAAAACAAAGGAGGCAAACGGUCGCUCCGGGUCAGAGCCACGGACGUACCGCUUCUACGCCGAGCUGCAUGCAGUUCUAGGGGGAGCCACCACCACUACCCCACCUCUGACCGUGGAUUCCGAGGCGGGGAUAAUCUCAUCAACUACACCUGAGGAUUCUGCGGACGGGGAAGAGGAGGAGGAUGACGAGCUUGCGGAGAGCACCCAGCACUCCGUUCUCCUCAACAGCCAGGAUCUUUUUCUCAGCCUGACUGAAGUACCCUCCCAAGCCAGUAUCCAAGACCAUGACCCCAUGGAAGGGACCUCAGCAGCUGCAAAUUUUUCAAGCCUUCCUCCUCCGUCCCGAAGGCUAUCUCAGAUAAGGCGUCGGAAAAAGAAGACACGAGACGAGAUGUUCGCAGAAAUCAUGGAAUCCACCCGCAGUGAAAGAGCUCAUCUGAAUGAGUGGAAGGACACGGUUUCAAAGUAUAGGAAAGAAGCCAGCGAAUGUGAGGAGAGGAGAGAUGCUUGAGAUGAGAGGUGGCGGCAGGAAGAUCAGAGGAGGCAGGAUGCAACGCUGGGGCUGCUGCGUGAGCAAACAGACGUGCUCUGGCGUCUGGUGGAGCUUCAGGAACGGCAGCAGGAUAAGAGUGCCGCUACAGCCCCUGUAUAGCCCCCCUUUCCCCUCACCAUGUUCCAUAGCCUCCUCACCCAGACGUGUAAGAACGCGGGGUGGGGGAGGCUCCGUACACCCUUCCAUUCCACCCCAGUGGAUAGCCCGAGCAAAAGGCUGUCAUUUUUUUAACCUUUUUUUAGUGGCCUUUUCCUUCCCGACGAUCCUCCUCCCAAACCCCA